AUGUUCCGCCUAGUGCUGCCAAUUGUGCACAAGCGCAGCGUCCGGCUGGCUCUUGGAGCCGGCGCCGGGGCGCUGACCGCGUACUGGUGCCAGAACUCGCUCCUGAACGACGCCAGGGUGUCCAGGGGUCUGUAUAAAAACCCCUUGGUUCUGAGCAACAAGAACCAGUUAGUGGUAGACCCUCAGCAGCCAACGUACGAAAUGGGACUCUAUGUUGCCUCGCAAAAGGAGCUGGAAAACGAGUCCAACGACAUCCGACGCGAGCAGAAGAGCCGCAAAUACACCGGCUGGUUCUACUACAUCAAGUACUGGCUGCUGGAUUACGUUUGGGAACCGGUGAUCACUGUCACGCGGUUUGUGGAGCUCACGUCGCUGUUUAUACCCAUGUUUGCGGCGUACCCGAUAGUAUUCUUUGGCAAACGCAACAAGGAGGGCGACACAUCGGGAGCGCUGCUGUGGUAUCGCUUGGUUCGUCAUCUGGCAGAGCUUGCUGGGGCCUCCUUCAUCAAGCUUGGCCAAUGGGCCGCGUCGCGUACCGAUAUCUUCUCCAAAGGGUUGUGCGAGGAGCUGGCCCAGUUGCACUCCAAUGCAAAAUCCCACUCCUUCCGCCACACUAGACAGAUUAUCGAGAGCACGUUUGGCGGAAACAAGCUGGAGGACGUGUUCGACGAGUUUGACCCCGUGCCCAUUGGCUGUGGAGCCAUUGCGCAAGUGUACAAGGCGAAGCUGAACAAGAAGUUUGCCGAGGACGACCACGAGCAGUUCGUUGCUGUCAAGGUAGUGCACCCGAACAUUGAGGUCAAAAUCGAGAGAGACCUGCGUCUUAUGCGGUUCUUUGCGAACGCGAUAGACGUCAUUCCUACGAUGGAGUGGCUCUCGUUACCGCAGGAGGUGGAGCAGUUUUCUAUAUUGAUGAAAAUGCAGCUGGAUCUUAGAAUAGAGGGCCACAACCUACUGAAGUUCAAGGAGAAAUUCCCGGGCGACGAGAUCCGAUUCCCUAAGCCUUUCAUGAAUAUCAGUUCGCGAAAGGUGCUCGUGGAAGAGGAAAUCAAAGGUCUGACGAUGACAAAGAUACUGAAUCUCAGAAAGGGAGGCAAGCACAUCUCUAAAGAGGUCAGCGACAGCAUGAUAGACGCGUUCCUCAAGAUGCUGAUUCUAGACAACUUUAUCCACGCCGACUUGCACCCGGGCAACAUUUUCGUUCGCUUCGUGCAGCGCGAUAGAAAGACGCGCAAGACGACCUCGGACGAGCUGGAAACAGACCAACUGAUGGUCCGUCUGCGCCAGAUCAACCAAUCUUCCGAGCUGAUGGCUGAGCUCGAAAAACUGGACAGGGAGGACUACCACCCUCAAAUCUGUCUCAUCGACGCGGGGCUGGUGACAGAGCUGGACGACACCGAUAGAUACAAUUUCAUCUCGCUGUUCAACGCGCUCUCACAGUUUGACGGCUACCAGGCGGGCACGCUCAUGAUAGAGCGCUCAAAAACACCAGGAUCGGCCAUUGACACGGAGGUGUUCAAGAUGAAGGUAGAGAGACUCGUCAACAGAGUCAAACAGCGGACAUUCACACUGGGAUCGAUAUCAAUUGGAGAUCUACUAGACCAGAUGCUCGGCAUGGUGCGUUCGCACCAUGUCCGCAUGGACGGAGACUUCAUCACGGUGAUAGUGGCAAUACUGCUCAUGGAAGGUAUCGGACGCCAACUGGACCCGGACCUCGACCUCUUCGCCAGGUGUGUAUUUGCAUGGAAUGUGGGGUUCCCCACAUACUGA